AUGCGUUCCGGAACACAGAGCCUCACCGCCUCGAAUGACUCCAAGGCAGACCUUGAGAUCACCGAGGCAGUGGGCAAUGACCAGCAUCCUGGCAUGGCUUCCAUGCUCCGCCCCGGUACCAACACUGGUAUGGUCACUUCGGAAGAAUACAUGACCGAAGACGAAAAAAAGACCAAGGAUCUCAAGGACUUUGGUUACCACAAAUUCCAGUGGUCUUCGCUGUGGCGUCCCGCGGUCAUCAACCCGUUGAACGGCAAGUCGCACACUUUCCCUAUCUUCCGCAUUUGGGAUGCCUACUCGACUGCCUUCUGGCUUUCGACGCUGGGCUUCUUUGUGGCUUUCCUCAGUUGGUUCGCCUUCGCUCCGCUCGUGCCCGAAGCUGUCAAGGUCGACCUCAAGCUGUCGAGCGUGCAGGUGACGCACUCCAACAUGGCCUCGUUGGGUGGUACCGCCAUUGUGCGUCUCAUUGCUGGACCAGCUUGUGAUCGCUACGGUCCCAGGAAGGUCAUGGCCGCUCUGCUCAUUCUCGGUGCUAUUCCGUCAGGUAUGGCUGCGCUUGUGCAGAACGCGAGUGGCCUUUACGCUGUGCGAUUCUUCAUCAGCAUCCUCGGUGCUACAUUCGUCUGCUGUCAAGCUUGGUGCUCGACGUUCUUCGACAAAUCAGUCGUUGGUACCGCCAACGCCUUCUCCGGUGGCUGGGGUAACAUGGGUGGUGGUGUCACCAUCGCUGCCAUGAUCGGACUCUUCGAGCGUUACCGCCACGCCGGUCUCUCUGCGCAUAUGGCUUGGCGUGUAUGCUUCCCCACGCUUCCUGUACCUGCGCUCAUGUUUGUUGCCGGUCUGAUCCUGCUCUUUGGUAAGGACCACCCGGCUGGCAAGUGGAGCCAACGCCAUCAGUUCAGCGGUACCGCAAUCGCGAUCGCUCAAGGCGAAAAGAUCGAGCUCGACUCUGCCGAGCGUGCAGAGUACGAGCGCCGCACUGCCGACAACGAAAAGGGACCUGCCAAGGCUGCUCACUUCCGCGAGCAGGACCCGGCGGACGCUGGUAAGCACGUCGCGGCUGUCGACACUGCGCAGUCGGAGCCCAUUACGUUGAAGCGCUUGAUGGUGAUCCUCGCCGAUCCUCGUGUUUGGAUGUGCAUCGUAUGCUACUUGCUCACUUUCGGACUCGAGACCGCCAUGGACGCCGCUCUUCCCGGCUUGAUCACCACGCUCUUCCAGUCUAAGACUUUCACCGCUAUCGACGCCGCGUAUGCCGCUUCGAUGUAUGGCUUGCUCAACCUGUACGCUCGUCCGCUCGGCGGCGUCGUCUCAGACGUCCUCUUCUCCAAGUACGGACUUCGCGGCCGUGUCUUCUGGCUGCUCGUCACCUCGUUCUCGCAAGGUAUCGCCAUGAUCGGUCUCGGGUUUUACUGCAACCGCUCACCCACCCUCAGCGGUGUGCUCUGGUUCAUCUUCCUUAUCGGUACGACUGGUUUCCUCGCUAACGGUGCCAACUACGGUAUCCCUGCCAUCAUCUGCCCCUCGGCUAUCGGCACGGUCUCGGGUCUGGUUGGUGCAGGUGGUAACCUCGGUGGUUUGCUCUACCUGGGCAUCUUCCUUGCUGUACCUGGUGCUAGGCCUAAAAAGACGCUCGGUACCAAAUUCUGGAUCGCUGGUGUCGUCAACGCCGGUGCUGUACUUCCCUUCUUCGCUGUCUUGCUUCCAGGCAAGUACGGUGUAUAA